CAUCUGUGGUUUGGUUUUAAAAGUGGAAAGCUUGCCGUACACAUUCUUUUUUAACUGCAGAUUUACUUUAGGUUUCAUAGUCUCUAAAUCUAUUCUACUUUAAAGAAGAAAAGAAGUCAUUUAUUAAAAUCACAUUAUAAUCAGAUUUUGACCAAGCAUUUUGUAAGAUUGCCAAUAAAUUCAUGGACAUGGAACACACAGGACAGUACCUGCAUCUUAUCUUUCUGUUAAUAGCAGCUUUUUCCUUAUCACCUGGAGCAAAAGCCAGCUAUGCACAUCUGUGGACUAAGGAUACUACUGCUUGGGAUUCAGUUAUUCAAAACAGUACAGGAACACACCAAAAUGAAAACAUUAAUACAAACUCUGUUAUUCCUCAAGUGGAUUACAAAGCUAAUUCUACAAACAUGCCUGAAAUAGCAACUUCAUCUCAUACAGUAUCUGAACGGGAGCUCUACACGCCUUCUAUUGUCAGGAACAAUACUCCAACAACAGAAAGCAUUGAAAACACAAGCAAAAGUCAUGGUGAAAUUUUUAAAAAGGAUGUCUGUGAGGAAAACAACAGUAACAUGGCUAUGCUAAUUUGCUUAAUUAUAAUUGCUGUGCUUUUUCUUAUUUGUACCCUUCUAUUUCUAUCAACUGUGGUUCUGGCAAACAAAGUCUCAUCUCUCAGACGAUCAAAACAAGUAGGCAAGCGCCAACCUAGAAGCAAUGGUGACUUUCUGGCAAGCAGUGGGCUCUGGCCAGCUGAAUCAGAUACUUGGAAAAGGGCAAAACAGCUCACAGGGCCCAGCCUCAUGAUGCAAUCUGCUGGAGUGCUCACAGCUACAAGGGAAAGGCAGGCUGAAGAAGGAACUGAAAAACUUACUAACUAACAGAUGCUUUAGGGAAGGAAAAUGCAAAGUAGCAUUGAGAAAGGUUACAGAGUAAAAAAUGAAGUUGGUUUGGUAUUUAAUCUGAUCAAAGUGUUGGUCAGAUUAUCUAAAAUUUGACAUGUAAUUUAUUAUCAAAUAGAUCAGAAAGGGAGAUGUAUGUAUGCCUGCUUAAUUACUUAAACUGUGUACUUCUGCUUGACGCUGAAUAUUUUAAAAAGCAAACAAAAACAAAACAAAAAAACCCAACCAACUGGGGAAGGGUUUAAUGCUAAGCUGAGGAACUGACUAACAGAGGUAGAGCAAGGAAAGUAAAUAUUCCCUAUUUAGCAAUAGUAGUUAGAUGAUUUUUAUCUGAAUGUAAUUAAACUUUGAAGAAUUUUAACAUGUCCUUGGCGCCAAGAAUAUGCUCUGGUGUCUAAGAGGAGUCAAAUUCCUAAUGCAUAGACUUGAACUAUAUAAUAUAAUGGCACCUGUUUGCUAGAUCUGGCAUAAUUCACACUAGUUCAUGUAUCAAUGCAGAUAAUUUCAGGCUACGAUCUGUCAUUUUUGUACAAGGAUAUAUAAGAAAGCGCUUUUCUACUAUAAAUAUUAAAUUAAAACUUAAUUUUGUUUAAUAAAUUAAAACUCGUGAAAAUAAAACUGACCAUGUAUAUUUGCACUCACUUUAUUGUCUUAGAACACACUGUAAAGGUAAGAAACACAGCACAACCAAAACAGAUGAGAUUCACAGCCACACCAGAAGGCUAAGCACAAUCAUAAAGUAUGUUUUAAAAUUUAAGAAUAACAUUAGUUUUCUGUAUAAAUACCGCUUUUUGGAGCACUAAUGACAAAUACCUUCUGGGUGUGAUGAUGUACACCUAUAACUGCAGCACUCAGGAGGAUGAGGUAGAAGGAUCUGAGUUCAAGGCCAGCCUGGGCUGUAUAGUGAGACUUUGUCUCAAACAAUAGCAACAACAAAAAUAACAAAUACCCAAAGGUUAAUUAAUAUUUUGACUUCAAGGAUGCCAAGUGACUUUAAAAAAUGACCAAUUUUAGUUUUUACUGUCAAAUGUGACAUGAAAAGGAAAGGUGUGUGUUCAGUUUGGAAAACAGAAACAAUUACCUGAAGUAGGUAAUGGUCUAACCUUUGAAGAAACUGGCUUCAAGUCAAAUAAGGACUUAAUUCAAGUCAAGUCCUCCAUCUCAAACACAUUACAAAAAAUGGUUUGGGAAGACUUUCCAAAUACCUACUGAAACUGACAGAGGGCAUACUAAUUAAAGACUAAGGCUACAUUUUAAAAAAUGUCAUUCCUUAAUGAGUACUUAUUCUAUAUAAUAUCUUAGCCAUUUAAGAAAAGAUUAUGUAUGUAUUUUUCCAAGUAUGGCCACAAUCUUACUCUGCCUUCUUGAUUAGUGAUUCUCACCUUGUCUACAUAUCAUGAAGAAUUACAAUAAAAACAAAAAAGCAGCACAAAGGCCUAAUUCCUAUACUCUGCUUCUGAGUUUCAGGCACUGGCAAUUUUUACAUAACUCCCUUGAUGGUACUGCUUUGGCCAUCAAAUUCACUUUUUACAAGUUCAGUGACUCCAAACAUAUAGAUUAUAUUGUCAGAUGAGGUGGAAGACAGCACAGUUUCAUUAUCAAUUUAUUACCAGUACAUAAGAAAAUAAAUCAAUUCCCUAAACAAUAAAUCAUAACCAUAUUAUUCCAGAUAUUGCUAAAAUGAAAAAGGAGAGAAUACUCAUGCCAAUCCUGGCAAUAUGCAGGUGUAAAAUGUCCCAGAUUAGAAAUGACCUCUGGGAAAUGCUCCUACUUCAUGCAAAUUAAAAAUUGGAGACUGGAUAC